AUGUUUCUCCCUCUCUCCGCAUUGAUCCUGCUCACACAGCCCUGGGGGUCACUAGGAGCAGAAAUGAAGAACUACUCCCCAAGAUCAGUGACCAACGCCUGCACCCUGGUUAUGUGUAAUCCCUUGGAGAAUGGCCUGCCUGGUCGUGAUGGACGGGACGGGAGAGAGGGCCCCCGGGGCGAGAAGGGGGAUCCAGGUCUGCCAGGAGCUGAGGGACGAGCUGGGAUGCCUGGACCACCUGGGCCAGUUGGGGCCAAAGGGGACAAUGGCUCUGUUGGAGAUCCAGGACCGAAGGGGGACUGUGGAGCACGCGGACUUCCCGGCCCUCCAGGUAUGCCUGGCCCAGCUGGAAGGGAGGGUCCCUCUGGGAAGCAGGGCAAUGCGGGACCCGAAGGCAAAGCAGGUCCAAAGGGAGAGCCUGGACCUAAAGGAGAUAUGGGUGCAACAGGCAUGCAGGGCUCUGCAGGGACAAAAGGCCCCCCAGGUGUAAAAGGAGAGCGAGGCCCCCCUGGGGAGCAUGGAGCUCCAGGAAAUUCUGGGCCACCAGGGCAUGCUGGACUCCCGGGACCAGCAGGACCAGCAGGACCUAGAGGCCUCACUGGGUCCCCAGGACCGAAGGGCGAUAAGGGUGAUUCUGGAGAUGCUAUUCUGCAGCAGCAACUGGCGGCCUUACAGAAACAGGUACAGAGCAUGCAAGAAACCUCUGAAAAGAACGAGAAAGCGGGGCUCUUCCCCCAUGGCCGCCGUGUGGGCAAGAAAAUCUUCAAGAGUGGAAGCUUUGAGAAGACAUUUCAGGAGGCCCAGCAGGUGUGCAUACAGGCUGGAGGUCAUCUGCCCUCCCCACGCUCCGUGACCGAGAACGAGGCCUUGCAGCAGAUUGUCACAGCUGAAAAUAAAUCUGCCUUCCUGAGCAUGACCGACAUCAAGACGGAGGGCAAGUUCACCUACCCCACAGGCGAGCCCCUGGCUUAUGCUAACUGGGCCCCAGGUGAGCCCAACAACAACGGGCAGGCAGAGAACUGCGUGGAGAUCUUCGGCAAUGGCAAGUGGAAUGACAAGUCCUGCGGGGAGAAGCGCCUGGUGAUCUGCGAGUUCUGA